AUGAGAACCAUUUCCAACAGCAACAUCCGACCGAGAAAGUCGAUGGAAUAUUCAGUGCAACUCAUUCAACCAGAUGAGGCUGGAGUCGACUUGUUCCUGACCCGCUACAAGCCAUUCCGCCUUGCGGCUUUACAAAACGAACCGUCCUUCUUUGCAUCAACCUACACCCGCGAAGUGUCCAUGGCGGAUGAUUUUUGGCGUGGCCGGUUAUUGAACCCGAAUGCCAAAACGUUUGUAGCGAUACAGAAGCACGACGGCGACAUUUUGUCUUCUGUCACGAUUGUCCGCGACGUGUCUGUACCAAAGGGGGUCAAAACUCAACUUGGUCUCGAGGCAGACCACGAGGCUACGCAGCAGGUGUCGCAUUGGGAGGUCAACGCAGUGUACACUGCUCCGGGAGCUCGACGAAGGGGCCUGGGAAGAAGAGUCAUGGAGGCGGCGGCCAAAGAGGCACAGGAAGUUGCGGAUUCCGAAGGCAAACCGUGUCUCAUCACAGUGCUCGUCAAGAGGAAGAAUGCCGCUGCUAGAAUCUUGUACGAGAGGGCUGGGUUUCAAGUCCUGGGUGACGAUGACGGAGAUGAUGCGCUGCGGCUGUUUCUUUGGACGGCUCGCUGA